CACCAUAGCCAUCGGGCUCCCUGGCUACGCGCCUUUGUGCUGGGUGCCAAUGACGGCCUCGUGUCGACUAGCAGUUUGCUGAUGGGGGUUGGCGCAGCAAGCAGCCCAGCGCCUCUUGAUCCUGCCUGGCCCCUUGCUCCAGCAGGCCUGGUUGGCGGCGCCCUCUCGAUGGCGGUAGGGGAGUACAUCUCAGUUAGCAGCCAGCGGGAUGCGGAGGCAGCCGACGUCGAGCAGGAGCGGCUGGAGCAGCUGAAGGGGGCCGAGGCGCAGCUUGAGGAACUGUCUCAGAUCUAUGAAGGUCGCGGACUGCCGCCGCAUCUGGCAAGAUCUUACGUGGCGGAGGUGUUGACAGAGAAGGACGUUGUGCGAGCCCAUGCCAGGGACGAGCUUGGAAUUGACGUUGAUCAGCUGGCGCGCCCCGUCCAGGCGGCCGUGGUGUCAGCGAUCACUUUUUCUUUGGGGGCAGGGAUCCCGCUGCUGGCUGCUUGCUGUGUGCGGAUGGCAGUGGUCCUCGCAUCUACUACUGUCGGCCUGGCAGGUUUCGGAUCUCUUGCUGCAUGGCUUGGCGGGGCCCACAAGAUGCAAGCUGCUGCCAGAGUGGUGCUUGGUGGCUGGGCAGCUAUGGGGCUUACCUUUGGAAUCGGCACGUUGUUUGAAGCGGCAUGA